AUGGCCAAGUGCUUCAUCCAGCUGCAGAGGACUGUGAUAGCCCCUGAUCCUUGUGACACAUCAAAAGAAGAGAUGGAAGUACUUAAAGAAGAACUGAAGAAAUGGAAGGAAAGAGUUCAACGAGCUGAGAAAGCAAAAGCUGACCUUAUUCUCUCUAAAAAGCUUGCUGAUGAAGAGUAUGCUAAGGAGCUGGCCAGGGUGAAGGACUUGGAAGAGAAAAAGCAGAAGGACAUUGUUAUGUCUAGGGAGACCCAUGAGCAACAACUCAGACUGAUCAACCAAGAGAAUGCUGGUCUGAAGAGAGAGAUUGAGCAGCUCCAAGAAGACCUUGUGAAACACACUUCACUGCUGCCACAGAGCACUCAGCUUAAGAAGAAGGUGGCAGAAGUUAAGAUGAAAUUCAGUCACAUGGAUGACAAGAAGGAUGACUGUGUGGACAUGAACACUCACUGCUAUUUUACUGUAAUGACAAAAAUCGCCUUCAGACUGGAUCAAAACCAAGCACUGAUCACCUUUCAGGAUGAAGAAGUUGCCCAGAUGCUGGUGAAUAAGGGUAAACACACUGUGAUCCUGGACAACAAACCAGUGGAGGUGACAGCACAACCUGUCCCACUUGACAAGGCAAUCAGAGUGGAGCUCCAUGUCACCAUUUCUGGGAAGGAGAUCAAUGUUUCAGAUAUACCUGACCUGUCCAUCCCUGACGACUGGAUGAGAGAUAAGUUGGAGCUCAAUUUCUACAAGGCUGGAAAAGGAGCAGCAGGAGAAGUGAAAGAUGUGGCAUAUGACAGGCAGUCUAGAACAGCUGCCAUUACCUUCUGCAAACCUGGAGCAGCUCAAAGCUUUGUGAGGUGCACUGAAUACCCCCUCUUUGUGAAUGGAAGGUUCUUCUGGCUCUCUGUGUCCCCAAGCACCACCAUGCACUCGGACAAAUGUCAGGUCUACCGUGGGGUGUCCAAGAAGACCCUUCUGUUGCAAGGAAUUCCAGGGAUAGAUGAGGAGGAUGAAGAAAGCAUCCAGGACAUGGUUGAAAUCCAUUUUCAGAGGCCCAGUAAUGGUGGUGGGGAAAUAGAAGCAAUCAAAUAUGUAUUGAAUAGAGCAACCUGGGUUUGUUUUGAGGAGGAUAAUUAGAAUGCCAUGAGGGGAAAUGUAAGUUGGAUUCAGGAAGUUCUGCCUCUUCUUGCUUCAUCAGAGGCAGAGGUCACGCUGCAGCCAUUGUGCUUUCGAGCUCUGAAGUCUGUGUGUGGAAAAGAACCACUUGUCCUUCUCACCUAUGGAACA